GCUCGCAAAUAUUGCUCACGAGAGCUUUGUACACCCAGAGUUAACAGACCCAACACUAACUUGUAUAUGUAUGUGCUGUGUACUUUUUUUUUACACUUUUAUUAUUUUUUAUGUACUUGAGUUAUUUAUUUUUACUUUUUACUUUUUUCUACCGCCGUUGCUAUCACGUUUAAAUUUUUUUUUUCCCCAUACCGUUCGAAUAUCUUUCCCGCGUCAACAUCCCUUCUCUUUUACCUGCCAACAUUUUUUUACCCAACGCAACCAACGACCCCGAUCGGUCAGUACUCGUGGAGACGUCGCGAUAUAGAGUAUAUGUGUAAUAUAAGUUUAGGACAAAUAUUGUUACUAAGAUUUUUAAAUUGUUAAUAUUGUUUUUUUCUUUUUUUUUUUUUUUUAAAUUAUUGGUUUUAUUUAAUGACUGUGAGGUUUAUUACGGAUUUUUUUACUUGUGACCAAUGCAAUGAGGAUCUAGUCUAAGAGGGGCUUUGGGAACGUAUGUCAAAAAGAGCAAAGGAGUAAGUUGCAAGAUGUCGGAUUUAGGUACAGACAAUCCAGCAUUCAGCAACGCGGAUGAAUGCAUAGAUACCAGUACAAAUGGAAACCUUGAAAAUAGUCAUACAGAGAGUGUUCAGCAGGAACAUAAGGACAAGUCAUCGCUUAUCAGUAACGGACAUUCUUUCGUGUCUCAACAUUACGUUGAACCAACUCAGAAUACUCCGGAUGUUCAAUACAAGACUGAAACCAGGAUUGAGCUCCCUAAUAAUGGAGAAGAAAAGACUUCAAAUACUGUUAAAGCCAAUGGUGUUAAUGGAAACAGCAAUAACAACGAUGUAAGCUUUCUUAACGCAAGUGUUACGAGUGCUCAAAUAAACGAUGGUAAAAAGGAGCAAAUUGAGGCCGUGAAUUUGGAGCUGGUAUCAAUGAGACCUUAUACAGGAAAUAAUUUGCAAACUAAGGGACAAGAAGCUUGCGAAUUACCAAGUGAUCCGUAUGAAGAAUAUUUUGUGCCUGUUAAUGAACAUCGAAAGUAUAUCAGAGGAGAAAAACUUUAUGUUACCAAGGACAAAAGAACCAAAAGUUCUUACUGGCGACGAAUAGCUUGCUGGACUUUUGGAUUAAUUGUAUUAGCACUUGCAUUAGUAAUUGCUAUUUUAGCAGGAACUGGGGUGAUUUUAACGCAAGAAGCUACGCAACCACUGGAUAAUGAUCACCAGCGGUCACUAGAUGAUGUUAACACUGCCGGAAGUAAAGAAUUUAUAAAGAAUCCACCAGCUAGUCCACCACCGGAAACAUCUACUUUCCCACCAUGGCAAACAACCGACGAGAGUAUGCUAAAAACAGUACCUGAAGCGGUUGAAGGAAGUAUCUGGCUAGAUAAUCUUAUUUGGAAUGAUGACCUAAUGGAUGCUAAGUCGAGAGUUUAUCGAAGUACAGCUAUGGAGAUUGAAAACAGUUUGAGAGAUAUGAUACUUCCGGUUGGCUCGAUAACUAUUGUCAAAGUGUAUAAUAUUACUAGUAAUGGUCAAGUAAUGUUUAGAAUUGGUUAUCCACCGACACCGACUCCAGAGAUGCUUCAAGAAAGUAUUGAGAAAAAGCUUAGAGAAAAUAAUAACAUGAUUGGAAAGUAUCAUCUCACAAGAAUGAACGUUAAACGUUUAGUCGAUGAAUGUCAAUAUGGUUAUUUGAAUUGUUCCGGAAUUUGUAAAUUUGAUUAUAUUCGUGCUGUAUUCAGCUGUGAAGAAGAUUACUUGAGUGAUAUUAGUCUUGAUGCUGAAGACCCUAAUUUAACAUCUCUUGAAGAUAUGGUUCAAGGUCGAGGACGUAUUCCUGAGCAUUCAUUUGAAUCUGAAGAUCAUGAUCAUUGGAUGCAUCAUCAUUACCAUGAACAUGUAGGAUCAGUUACAGAAAUAAAUAUUAAUAAUACCGUAAAUCGACCUCAAUUUGAAUCUACACUUCAAACAGGUACAGAACCAAAGUUACAGUCUGAACCUGUAGCUGAACCUACUCCUGAACCUUCAGCAGAACCUAAGCCUGAGCCUGAAUCUAAUACAACUUUUGAGACUAUUUUUGAACUUAAUGCGGAAACAAAAGCAGAGCCAGAACCUAUUGCCGAUGCUACUGCAGAACCAAAAGUAGAACCAGAGCCUACUACAGAACUAAAAGCAAAGCCAGAGCCUUUUGCUGAACCUACUGCAGAACCAAAACUAGAACCUGAGCCUACUGCCGAACCAAAAGCAGAGCCAGAGCCUAUUUCUGAACCUACUGCAGAACCAAAAGUAAAACCAGAGUCUACUGCCGAACCACAAGCAGAGCCAGAGCCAACUGCCGAACUAAACACAGAGUCCGAACCUACUGCCGAACCAACAGUUGAGUCAGAACCUGUUGUCGAACCUACUGCGGAACCAAAAGCAGAGCCAACUGCCGAACUAAAAGUAGAGCCAGAGCCCGAUCCCGAACCUACUGCCGAACCAAAAGCAGAGCCUAUUGCCGAUCCUACUGCAGAGCCAGAACCUAUUGCCGAACCUACUGUGGAGCCAGAGUCUCUUCCUGAACCAAUUGCCAAAUCUACCGAAGAACCAAAAGCAAAACCUGAGCCAAUUGCUGAAUCUGAACCCUCUGCAGAGCCACAAGCAGAGCCUGAAUCAAUCACUGAACCCGAGCCUACUAUGGAACAAAAAGCAGAGCUUGAGCCUAUUUCAGAAUCAAUAGCAGUAUUCGAACCUGUCCCAGAACCAAAAUCAGAAUCUGAGUUUAAAGCAGCAUCUGACAUUCUUAAUGAACCCACAGAAGAAUCUAAAUUAGAGUCUAAACCUGAGAAUCCUUUAGAAACAACAGCUGCACCUGAACCAAUAACAAAUCCACCAUUAGACAAUAAUGCUUUUUCAGAACCAACACCUGAACUAAAGACAGAGUCCGAUUUAAGACCAGAAACUCAAUUUGAAGAAGGAUUAAAACCUGAUACUGAAGCUCCAAGAGAACCUAAACUCGAAUUGGAAGUAAAAACUGAGCCUACAAUAAAUCCUACAUUAAAACCUGAUUUUCCUAAAGUUACUGACCGUUUAAAUCCCAACUUAAAAUCUUUUGAAUCUUCCACAACCCAAUUACCAAUUGAUUCUAGAUUUAACGUUGAUUCAAACCCAGAACCACUUCCAGUUAUACCUUUAUCAACAUCGAUAAAUGAUAAUUCAUUAAUGGAUGUUUCAAAAGAAAUUCCUGAAAUGUUGCCUACUGCAAUACCUAAAAUAAGCGAUAUACAGUCAGAUGAUCCUUAUCAUCGUCAUCAAACUGACGACAAAUCUUCUGAAAGUACAACAUUGAUAGAAGUCGAAAAUGAAGAUAGCACUAUGAAUCCUACAAUGAAAUCAUCUGAGUUUGAGGAAAUUAAAUUUUCAACAAUUAUGGAACAAAACUCAACAACCAUACCGAAUAUUUCUGAAACUCAUUUUACAGAUUUAACAACAAUUAUGCCUGAAACAAAGACUCAAUAUUUUAAUAAUUCAAAUGCCUUAGAUCAAGUAUCUAAUUCAGGUUUUCCAAAAGUACCACAAGAGAUAAUUGAAAAUAUCGAACCUUUAAAUGAUUCAGUAAAUAACGCUACACCACCGUAUAGGAAAGAAAAUAAUCAAACAAUAAUUUCGCAAUUAACUCCCGAACGAAUAGAUCCGUAUAUGCUUAUUAAAAAUUCAUUAGAAGCAAAUAAAUUAAAUGAAAAUUUCAGUAGCACAACUAUUUCAUCAAAUAGUCAACCAUUAGCUAUGUCGAACAGAACUACUGAAAAGAGAAUUGGAGAAGUUACAAUAACGUAUGAGAAAGAUAAAAAUCAUGAAGUAAUGUCACCAUUUUUACCAGAAAUAAUUAUCGAAAAAGAUGCAUCAAAAAAAGCACCGAGAUUAGAUAAAGAUGAGCAACAUUAUCCAAAUCCAUUUGAGCCAAAUGUAGAGGAUGUAAUUGUGCAUAAUCUUGACUCCAAAACUGACACGCUAAUAACAUUAAAUUAUGACGUGAACGGAACUGAAUUCACAGACUUAGUCAACAAAUUCAAUGUAUCCCACGGUGCUCAACAGACUGAAACGAGUCACAAAGAGGAUGCUAGUAUAGUUGACAUGAUGACCACUAUGACAACUACAUUAUUGAAUACACAGAUAAACUUAGCAAUGACUAAGAAGCCGGUCGUUGAUGCCGAAGACCUUGAGAUACGACACAUGGAUGGUAUGAUUACAAGUAAAGUUAUGAAUGACAUGCACAUUGAACAAAGUAAUAAUUCAAAUGCUAAUGAUGAUAAAUCACAAGAAAAUUAUGAUAAAGUUAUGAAUGAUCCUGUAAGUGUGACAGUAAUUCCACGAGAAAAUGAAAAAUUAUACGGAGGAAUAAUAAAUAGUCAAUCAACCGAUUUUGAUGAGUCAAAAUCUAUAACAGCAAUUGAUAAAAAUCAAGAUUCAUCAGAUUCACACAAUAAAUUUGAUGAAAAUGCCGUAGAAGAUCAGUAUAAUGAUAUUAUAGAGGAGAGAAUUUCGAAGAAAAUUGAAAGUAACGAUUCAAAAUUAUCGAAUAAAAAUUUAUUACCCGUAGAGCCGAAUGUGAAGUCAACGACAGUAAAGAAUGAAAAAACUACCUUAACAAUGGAUGAUAAUACUACUUCAGAUUUUAUCAAUGAUUUAAAUAAUGUAAAAACGACACUAAAAGUAACAUCGGAAAAACCAGUAAAAGAUAAAACAGAUGAUAAUAAUAAAUUUACAACUGAAAUUCCAAUAAUGCCUGUAGAGAUUCAACAAGAUAUUUCAACAACUGAAAUAAUAGAGAAAAUUGAAUCAACAAUGAUUAGCAAUUUAGAUAAUAUUAGAACUAAUGUAGCAGAAAUAACUACACCAAUGUCAUUUGUUGAGUCAAAAAUUACUACUAUUCAAGCUCCAAUUAUGCCAAAAGAGUUUAUGACUACGGAAAUUAGUUUGCCUGAAAAAAUACCGCUAACUAGUUUCCCAUCAGAAUCUAUGGGAUCAACAACUGAAAAUCUUAUUUCACGACAAGAUAGUGAACCAACAACGGAGUCUCCAAAAGUUUCUACUAUUGGUUUUGAAGAUAUAAAACCCGUUUCGGAAUUAAUUUUUGAUGAUCCAGAGCCAGAUAUAUUUGAUCAUACUAAAUUUUUCACAACAACUGAAUCAGCAUUAGUGGAUCAAACACUUAUGGAUCAAUCAGUAUCUGACGAUCUUUCAGAAGAAUUAUUAAAAAUAAUACCUUUAGAUAUUGAUGACGUAAAAGAAAAAACAUCAACGGAAACUACUGAAAUUUCAGCAAUAAUUAAAAUUAUAAAUACAACAGAUAUUUCAACAUCAACUGUUGAGCAGAAUAUGUCAUCUGUACCAAGACUAAAAAUCAUUGAAAUCACUUCCGCUUCUCAGCAGCCAAAAAAUUGGAAUCAUAGUUUAAUUAUACAUAAUACCACUAGUGUCCCUCAAAAUCAUCAAACAGAACAAAUGAAUUCACGAAUAAAUAAUAUUGCAAGCGUUCAUCCAAGUCCGGAUGCCAUUCCAGUUUACGAAGCAGUUGAAGAGGAUGAAGAAAAUCCUAUGAUAAUACCUUUCAAUAGAAUGAAAAAUAUUAUUCCAUUACCCAACACAACAAUCCGAUCAAAAGAAGAAGAAGAACAACAACAAAGUGAAAACGUAAAUAAAGAUAUUACAACUACUGGUAUAAUGUCAACUACAGUUGCAACAAUAAAAACAAUGAGUCCAGAUGAAAAAUCAACGAUCGCGUUUAAAUUUUCAAAAUGUAAUAUCGGACAAUUUCAAUGUGUUAAUGGAACAUCGCGAGAUGGAGCAUAUUGUGUAAAUUUAUCAUCGAAAUGUGAUUCUGAAAAUGACUGUUCAGAUGGGUCUGAUGAAUUAAAUUGUGAAGAUGAAGGUUGUCCAGGUAAUUUCCAAUGUAAAAGUGGGCAAUGUCUAGGUAGACAUCUUGUUUGUAAUGGAAUUGUUGAUUGUGAUGACGGUAGUGAUGAAGUUAACUGUAAAGACUGGGUUUGUCAUUUUGAUGAAUUUAAAUGUCCAAAUGGAAGAUGUAUUCCAGAUCUUUGGCGCUGUAAUGGACGACCAGACUGUGAAGAUCACAGAGACGAAUAUUCAUGCUCAAAAAGUUGCGGUAAUGAUGAGUAUUUAUGUCCUAGUGAAAACUGGUGUAUUCCUCAAACAUGGCGCUGUAAUGGUGUACCAGAAUGCGCAAAUGGUGAAGACGAAAAACUUUGCGACUGUUCAUUAGAUCAAUUCAAAUGUCAAACUGGUGGUUGUGUUGCUUUAGAGCAAGUUUGCGAUGGUAUUGAACAUUGUCCUGAUCGUUCAGAUGAAUGGGAUUGUUUAUUAACUAAUACAACAAAUUUAAAUCAAUCAAAUUCAGAUGAUAGUGAACGGCAAGUACCAAUUGGACAGCCUAUGCUAUUAAAAAUUAAGAAAUUCGACAAUAAAUAUUAUUCAAUUUGUGGAGAUAAUUGGACUAAAAAUCACAGCGAUUUAUACUGUAAAUUACUUGGAUACUUUGGCUCGGAAACAACAGAAACUAUUGAAAUAAAUGAUUAUGAAAAAAUUUUACGAUUGAAAGAAUUGAAAGAAAAUCAUAAUCAAGACACGAUGAAUCUUAUUGCUGAUUUGGAAUUAUCAGAUCACUGUGCAUCCAAACAAUUUGUAAAGGUUUCGUGCCAAGAGUUUUCUUGUGGAUCUUUAGACAAUGAAGGGCCAACGGCUCGAUUAGUUGGUGGUACAACAGCGGGUGAAGGACAAUGGUCAAGUGUUGCAUUAUUAAAAGAAACUAAAAGUGGUACUGCAUGUACCGCAAGUGUUCUAGGCCCAAUGCAUGCCUUGGCCAGUUACUCUUGUAUUCAUAAAUACAGGCAAAGUAACAAUUGGGAAAUAUUUACUGGUCGUGAUCUUCAAAAAUCAACUCAAGUUAAAAAUAUAAUUCCGUAUCCGCAAGUUAAAUAUAAUCAAUUUUUGUACAAUGAUGAUAUUGCUUUAAUUCAACUUGAAGAACCACUCGUAUUUUCAAGAAAUGUAUCUGCUGUUUGUGUACCCAAUCAACAAUUUCAGCCUAGAGCUUUAUGUGUUACUGCUGGCUGGGGAUUCCCAUUAAAUGGUGAAAUAAAUUUGAAACUUAAAUUUUUACCUAUACCAAUUUACAAUACUCAAGAAUGUAAUGCAACUAGUCAUUACGCUGGAUUUAUAACUAAAAGCAAUAUUUGCGCUGGAUUUACUGGUGCUGACAAGGGAACAUGUUAUAAUGACGAAGGUGCACCAUUGAUGUGCGCUAGUGAAACUGGACGUUGGGAAUUACAAGGUUUACUUAGCCAUCAUAGCAGAUGCUCAAGAGAUCAUCCAGCUAUUUAUUCAAGUCUCAGUCCAACAAUCUCUUGGUUACAGCAUUCGAUUCCUGCUCUUCAGAAUCGAAUUUUAUAAUAAAAUUUUUUUAAAAUUAUUAUUUAAUUUAAAAGCAGCAACUAAUGCUUGUUUCUGUUUUAAUUUUAAAGAAUCAAAUUGUUAUUAAUUAACGAAACAAAAUAAUUAUUCCUUUUAUGUCUUCCUCAUAAAAUAAAUUCUUCAUAAAUGAAGAAUAUGUAAAUAUUGUAAAAAGUUAAUUGUUCAAUAAGAUUGCAGUUUUUUUUAAUGCAUAUAUAAUUAUCGGGACCAUUUAUUUAGGUAUUUGAGUACAGGUUUAUUACCGUUACUCUAAUCUAUAACAAUUAGUAUGUAUAUAUAAAUAAG